CUCAUUUCUUCAUUCUUCACAUAGUCUCGUUCGAUACCUCUUCUGAUUUCUUCUUUGUUCUCCUCCUUCUUCUUCUUCUUUUCAAAGGUAGCAGCUGUCAUUUGGUCCUAAUCGAAUUGCGGUGGAUUUGGCACAGUUCUUACUUCUUAGCAAAUCAAAAGGUCAGUGGAUGAGUUAGAGAUAUAGAGCAAUAAAGUUGGAGGUCACAGUCAGUGUAGACUUGAAUUAGAGAACACAAGGAAGUAACGUCCAUGGAUUCACAGGGCCAGACAACUUCUUUGCAGCGACUUCAGAAUGUGGAAAAGAGAAUCGUUAAGGUUCUGGAGCUUGCAGGAGGAGUCAUGGAUGAGCUUGCAAGCCCUGUUGGACCUAGGAAAGAUGUGGUCCAAAAUCACUGCCUUGAAUUCAUGCAAUUAAUCAAGGACAUCCAGGUGGCAUUGCGUGAUGAAAUCAAAAGUGCUUGUGAGUAUCGUCCAUUUGAGAAAUGUGACUACGGUCCAAGAUUAACCAAUGAGAUUUGUUUCAAGAAAGUGGAAUUUGUUAUGUCACAGUUGGAUGCAAUGAAACAAACUAUUGAUGAGUAUCAUGUGUCAGUCUGAAUUUAGUUCCUUGUAGAAGCUUGGGUUAUCUCCUGGUUUAAAAUUCACUUAUUCGGGGUUGCUUGUUACUAGAGGAGUUGGGUUGUGUUUUGGAUAGGGUAAUAAUUAUCUUUAUAGAGAUAGGAAACUGAUGUUUUUAUUUGGAUGAUUAUAUUUGGGCCUUGAAAAUUCAAAAUGUUUUUAUAUAGAUUUCAAGUGAAGAUUCAGUUUUGCACUCCCCCUGCCCCCCCUCUCUCUCAAUGUAAGGUAUGAUUUUUU